GCUUUGUGCGAAUAGCCUAGCCUUUAGACGUCUCUCAUUAGGUUCUCUACUACUGGAAGACGUGGAGAGCACUUUGCUAUACAUGUGUCACAGCUUUUUUCAAAGACAGUCAUGGUAUGGGAUAGAAUCAACGUCCAUGCCCGUACCAAACUUCUUUGGCAGGAGGAAGUUCUUCUCGAAACUGUGGUAAUUCGCUCGGAGACAAAUUCGUGUCAUAUUGGACAUGAUAAAGAGAUGGGUUAGACAUGGACCACCACUUCAAACAAGCUUUGAACAGCUUCAAAAUAUUCUUGUUGAAGAAUGGGAUUCUAUUUCGCAAGACGAAAUCCAAUUACUUAUUUACUCAAAGUCUAGGAGACUUGAGGCCCUCUGUGAGGCCAGAGGAGGCAAAUGCACGUAAAUUACAGACCCCUAGAAGUUUACAUUUAAUUGGGGAAUUUAAUAGAGAAAUCAAACAGCCAGCAAAACGAAGAAAGAUCGCUGUAGCGCCUCUCAUGGUUGGAGAUAUUCGAGCUGAUAGCUGCGAUCCUGUUGUAAAAGAAAAAGUAAAAAAGAUAAAUUAUGCAAAAAAUUUCAUUUUGGAGAUGAAAAAUACUUUAGAAGAAGAAAGUUAUGCUCAGUUUGAUAUGGUGAUAAGGAAUUUUCAUAAAGAUCAUAAUUUGGAUGAAUUAAUUAGUAAACUAGCUGUAUUGUUCCCUGCAGAAGAUCCAUAUUUUAGAGAUGUUUUCAGAGAUUGUAGUAAAAUUCUUUGUGGAAAGAACUUGGAAGCAUUCCAAAAAUAUUGUGAUGAAAAAUACCCUGUAUAAGUGGUGUUACAAUUAAAAACAAGCAUUUUUUCCAUGAUAAAUAUUUUAUUUCUCAUCUUGUUUAUCAUGUUUGUUUGUUAUUACCUGUUUGAACAGAUUGUUACCAUUAUUUAUUAUCUAAAGUUUGGAAUUAUUCUUUACAACAUAAUCUCCGGAAUGUAUCUUUUUUGUUUUGUUUUUAAUGGGAUUUUGGAAAUUUUUGAAAAUGUGCACUCUAAAGAAAUGAAUACAGAUUUUAUUUUUAUAAUGAUACUUGGAUCAAAGACUUAUACAAUUUAACCACCCUUCUCCAAAGUGUGAUGUACAAUUUCUUUUGUUAAAUUUAACAUGUAUGCACAUUUUAUGUAAUUAAAUGUAAAUAUGAAUAAACAGUUCAAGAGUACAGUUUGAGAAAGUU